GUCAAGUUCCUCUGAAAAGGAAUUUCCCAACUUAUAUGUAAUCGAAAUAUUGAAUUGCAAAAUGAUCAUGGUUUUCCCAUCUAGAAAUCUGAGAAAUACGCAAGGAAAAUCUGGUGGAAAAUAAGUGUAAAGCUUAGUUCUGGGCUGGUCUUGUCCUCAAACCUCUAAGAUCCGAAGCCCACUCAAUAUUUUCUAGAAACGUUACCACGUGUCGGCUCAGAAAGGCCGGGAACCUUCUAGAAUCCGCUGGAUGCUUCUCGCCCUAUCCCUAACCUAUCCCCGUUCCCAAAUCCCCCAUUCUAGACGCGCUUUCCAUUCUCUGGAAGCAAAUUGCGCUCUCUGGAUCUUCUUCUCCGUCUCCUCCCCGGUCUCGUGUGAGCGCUACUCCCGGCCCACAGGUUCUUCAUGGCGUCGCCGGCGGCGGGGACGCCGCCGUUCUUGACGAAGACGUACGCGAUGGUGGAGGACCCGAGCACCGAUGAGACCAUCUCGUGGAACGACUCCGGCACGGCCUUCGUGGUGUGGCGCCCCGCCGAGUUCGCCCGCGACCUCCUCCCCAAGCACUUCAAGCACAGCAACUUCUCCUCCUUCGUGCGCCAGCUCAACACCUACGGAUUCAAGAAGGUGGUGGCGGAUAGGUGGGAGUUCGCCAACGACUGCUUCAGGAGAGGGGAGAAGCACCUGCUCGGUGGGAUACAGAGGCGGAAGGGGUCUGGGACCGGAGGCGCGGGGGCGGCGCCGGCGGGGGGCAUACCGACGGCGAUACCGAUCUCGUCCCCGCCGACGAGCUCCGGCGGGGAGCCCGCGGUGUCGUCGUCGCCGCCGCGCGGGGCGGCGGGGAUCGCGGCGGGGGUGAGCGGCGCGGUGGCCGAGCUGGAGGAGGAGAACGCCCGGCUGCGGCGAGAGAACGCGAGGCUGGCGCGGGAGCUGGCACGCGCGCGGCGGGUCUGCGACGGCGUGCGGCGCCUCGUGUCGCGGUACGACCACGACCACGGCGGCGGGGAGGAGGAAGCGGGGGAGGGCGACGUGAAGCCGAUGCUGUUCGGCGUGGCGAUCGGCGGCAAAAGAUCGCGCGAGGAGAACGGGGAAGACGAGGAGGAGGAGGAGGAGGAAGGGGCUGACGAGGACGGCGAAGACGAUGAGGUGGAGGAAGACGACGAGGAGAGAGAGAGGCACGCGGCGCGGCGGGUCCCCGUGAGGGAGGGGAAGGUCAGGAGGACGACGGAGCUGUCGGAUCUGGACGUGCUCGCGCUGUCCGUGCGGGCGGCGGCCGCGGCGAGGCCGGGCGGGGCCUCCCGUGACCGCAAGAGCUCGGUCUCGUAACGGUUGUUGACUUGCUGUUGAUUUUAUAUGCGGCGUAAAACUGAGAAAAUUGGAUGGCACAUGAGCCAAAUUGAAUUGUAGUUCGUACCAGUACCAAGCAAACUGCAGCCACUUUACAGGGUACUAAACUAUACUUUCGGGAGUAGUAGGAACAUUGUAGCCUUGGUUGUCAUGAUGAUGUAAAUUAGGACAUGUCUCAUGCUAACCUUUUAAGUGGUUUGUUGUAGCUCUCAGAAAUGAAAUAAUAACUUGAUAAUUUCUCUUGAA